GCUGAUUUAAAAGAGUGAAACAUUUAAGGAGAGUUAAAGAGCUGGAGGAACUGGGCAGAAGCGCUGGGAAGGGUACAACUUGGUGUGAUGAGCAGUCCCAAAGAAAUGAAAAUGCAGAUUAGCCCGGAGACUCCCGGACGGCUCCCGCUCCAAAACCCCUUUGAAAGCCCGAGCGAUUAUAGCCACCUUCAGGAACCAACCUUGUCAAGUCCUUCAUUAUUUAAGUCCGCGCAGUCCUCUUUGACUCCAGGGAAAUUUGGAUGGUCUAUAGAGGAACUUGCUGUAAUAAACCCGGUGGAAAUCGACUCUGAAGACAUACGCCGGCAGGCCUUAUAUUUAAGCCGUGCCAGGGUUGAUAAAGAGGCAGAAGAGAAGAGACAGAAAGCCAUCGAAGAGUUCUUCACCAAAAGGCUCAUUGUCCCUUCGCCUUGGAUUGAUCACAACAGGAAGCAGGAUUCUCCGUUUAACUCAACUCGGUGUAUUGAAGUAAUCAGCGCUUCACCGGUUGGCAGAGAAGUCGCUGGGCAUCUCGGGAAAACCAAUGCUGCUUGCCAGACAGUAUUAUCUCUGCCAGUAGAUUUUGACUUGGAAAAAAUAUUAGGUGCUUAUUUUAAACCAGAUGAAUCGGCAGAUCAGUCUCAGGAAAGCCUGAGUACGUCCUCGCUGAGAAGAAAGCUGUUUCUAGAUGAGAACGGAAGUCUGUCAGAGAGUCUGUCCCCUUCGCCUCAAAGCCCGCACAGCAUUCCGGCCUCGCUCGGAGGCCUGUGUUCCACAGACAUCUCCCCAGUCCGCUGCAGAAGCCCUCUGAAUACACCGAGUUCGGGCCAAUUUUCUUCCAGCCCCGUGCAGGGCGGGAUGAGGACACACAGCCUGGGAAGCCUAAGCACUCCCCCCUUUCCUGAGAGGAGUCCCGCGAACAUCAUUUCUCCAACCAUUUCUCCGAUUGGCAUUCAAAUAAGAAAGACGCCACUGUCAGCACGGUUUACUUUUCGUUCGCCGGACAUUCCUUCUAUGCCGAACUCUCGCCGCCUGACUCCUCCUCCCACCAGAAGUUCCUUUGUGGAGUGUUCGCCACUGAAAAAUUGUUCCCCCAUGAGACGAAUGGCUUCCCGAGGCACCGCGGUGUACCAGACCUCCUUUGUCCACCUGCCCUCCACCCCCGAGAGUUUCGACGAAGAGCAGGAAGAGGAAGCGAAGGGCACGUCCCUGGAAACUUCCCUUCCGAAAGUCCGUCUGCGCCCGCUGAGCGGGGACCCCUUUGCUCACGGUCAACAUCUGGUGGUUGCGAAGGUGUCCAUAUCGCCAGACCAUCCCAGAACUCAUGUCCCCUGCGAUCUCGAUAGCUUGAACGAAAACUGCACGGUGGACAUGGCAGAUGCAGAAGAAGUGCCGGUCGUCAGCUCGGUGAAGGGGUUGGCGGAGAACAGCUGCCUGCCGGUGGCUGGCUGGAGCAUAGAAGGCUCUUGCAUGUGCCUCUCGCCGCUUGCUGAAAGCAGUGCCAGUCCCUGCGAGGGCAGCAGCAUCCAGGUGGACAGUGGUUACAACACCCAGACUUGUACCAGUAGCCUUAUGGAUACAGCAGGCAUAGAGGUCAGUGGUAGGGAGAAUGAUUCCCACGUUUACGAUUCUCAGAGCAAACACAGCGGCGUCAAAACAAAGCAAGGUAAACUUGUCCUGGGAUACUGGACUGAACCCGAGCCCGUGAAUCACUCCGACUGCCGCCUUGUGGGAAGUCCUCGGUCAAAAUGA